UCCUGGCAAAAAUUUGAGGGGCGGAGGCAAGUGCUUGGGACUGGUGCGGUUCUGGUCCACGUGGAGCCUGGGCCUGAAAAGUGAGGGGCUACGAGUGUCUAGCGGCGGCCGAAGUCUCCCUUUUCCAGCCUCCAGGUUCCUCCGCUUCGUUCCAUAGGUGUUGGGCGAGCGUGCUGAGAGAUGGACACCCCCCCGCUCUCAGGUUCGGACUCGGAAUCGGAGGAUUCUCUUGUCACUGACAGAGAGUUGCAGGAUGCAUUUUCCCGAGGUCUCCUGAAGCCAGGCCUGAAUGUCGUACUAGAGGGGCCGAAGAAAGCCUUAAAUGACGUGAAUGGCCUGAAACACUGUUUGGCGGAGUUCAAGCGGGAUCUGGAAUGGGUGGAAAGACUCGAUGUUACCCUGGGCCCGGUGCCGGAAAUCAGUGGACCUCAGUCAACAUCUCAGAAUAAGGAUCCGAAAGCUGUUGAUCCAGAGGAUGACUUCAAGCGGGAGAUGAGCUUUUACCGUCAGGCCCAAGCUGCAGUGCUUGCAGUAUUACCCCGCCUCCAUCAGCUCAAAAUCCCUACCAAGCGACCCACUGAUUAUUUUGCUGAGAUGGCCAAGUCUGACCAGCAGAUGCAGAAGAUUCGACAGAAAUUGCAGGCAAAACAAGCUGCCAUGGAAAAAUCUGAAAAGGCUAAGCAACUGCGAGCACUUAGGAAAUAUGGAAAGAAGGUGCAAACAGAAGUUCUUCAAAAGAGACAGCAGGAAAAAGCACACAUGAUGACUGCCAUUAAGAAAUAUCAAAAAGGCUUCUCUGAUAAGCUGGAUUUCCUUGAGGGAGAUCAGAAACUGGUUGCACGAGGCACAAAGGAAGGAGCUAAAAAAAGCCAACAGAUGAAGAAAGGUCCCAAUGCAAAACGACGUUAUAAGAACCAGAAGUUUGGUUUUGGUGGAAAGAAGAAAGGUUCUAAGUGGAAUACUCGUGAAAGCUAUGAUGAUGUAUCCAGUUUCCGGGCUAAGAAAGCUCAUGGGAAGGUCCUCAAGAGGCCUGGAAAGAAAGGAUCAAAUAAGAGACCUGGAAAACGAACAAGAGAGAAAAUGAAGAGCAAGGCACGCUAAUAAGCAGCAUAUUUGUAUACAAUAAAUUAGAAAAAAAGAUGAAGACUUGGAAUUUCACAUUACAAUUGGCUCCCUUCUAUUUUUUUUUUUUUUUUUAAGUUCAUCCAAUAAAGUUCUCAGAGAAGUGUCAA